GAUAGCUUUUUGCACGCGAAAUAAUUGUAAUUGUAAUUUAAUUAAUACAUUUGACCAUGUGCGACGUUGCAAAAGUGCAAAAGAUUGCCCACUGCCUUGGCGUGGCCCCCGGCAAUGUGCAGCUGAACGAGGAACAGGUCGUAACGCGCACAAGUGCAAAGCAAGGGGCCGUGGCGGGAUUUGCCACAAUUCUGGAGAGCCUGGCCAACGAAUCCAAGUCGGAGACGGCGCAAAACAGCAAGGCCACGCGGGAAGUGGAGGCACAGGUGUAUCAGUGGAUUGAGUUCUCUGUGCUCUACGUGGCGCCCGGCUCCAAGGACAGGAAUGUGGCCAAGCAGUUGCUUGCGGAAUUGAACAAGCUCUUUGCCACCAAAUCCUAUCUCGUGGGGCACUUCAUAACACUGGCCGAUCUGGCUGUCUACUAUGCCAUUUAUGAUCUUGUGAAAUCGUUGUCGCCCGUGGACAAGGAAGCGUAUCUAAAUCUCUCCCGCUGGUUCGAUCAUCUGCAGAACCGUGACGACAUACAUCAGGGUGAACCGCUGCUUAAUUUUACGACCAUCUACCUGCAUGGCUGGGCCACGGGCACACACAUCUAAGCGGCAGGCAGUGCCGCCCCGAGUCACAAUUGAGAAACUUAAUUUAUUUAUUUCUAUUGCAUUUCACAAUGAAGUUUUUAAUCAUUUAA